GUGACGGUGUUUUUUUAUGUAACAAACGGGUGUCUAUAGGAAAGUCCGUUGUGUAUAUUGUCAAGGACCGCGGCAGCUACAGAAAUGUAUAGGCACGUCAACAGAAGAAAACCUAAAUCUACAUAACAUUUUCUCUCUUGACGCUACGAUGUCGCUCCAACCGCAAGUGGAGGACGCGGCGGAGGAGAGAAGCGCCUUCUUCAUCGGCGCCGACGCGGACACCGUUUCGGAAGAGGAGGAGGAGGACCACCAUCAACUUAUAUUACAGAAAGCCAAUGCCCUAGCAUCGGAAAACUGCCUCAAAGAAGCCAUUGACUGGUUUUCAGUGGCUAUGCGGUAUGGCCCAGUGCGACCCGAGCAAUUAAGCACUUUCGUGGACUGUAUUCUGCGCAACUUUAAGAGAAAGGCCGCUGGGCCAGAUACGCUGUCGGGCCGGAGUCAGGACGCAGGGGGCAGCUGCAGGGACAACGCGUUUGACUGUCCCAACUGUCAUAGCUUUUUAGGUGAACCUGUCACCAUAGCCUGUGGACACACGUACUGUAAAAGAUGCUUAGAGCGACGACUGCUCUCCAAAUGUAAGCUGUGUGGCGACGCCGUCAGCGGCAUAGAGAAGGCGAAUGUGAUUCUGUGCGGACUUUUAGACAAAUGGUUCCCCGGCGAGCUGAAAAAGUCGAAAACACUAUGUAAAGUGGACGAGCUGUGUCGAAGAAAACGCUACCAAGAAGCUAUAUCGCUGGCGAACGAUGUUAUCCAGUCUGAUCCAGAUUCAGCAGCGGUGGCACGGCUGUCUCGGGCGGAGGCGUACAUGGCUCUCAAACAGUACCGUCUGGCUUUGGAGGACACAGAAUUUUGUCCUGGGUCCAGCUGUUCUGCUGAAGCUUUAUUUUGGAAAGCAAUGGUGCUGCAUGAGAUGGGCCAAGUGGACGAGUCUCUCCAAGUCUUCCUCCACUGCCUGGCUGUAGACGAGGACUUCCCCAGGGCUAAAAGACAAGUGGAAAAGAUCUUGUGUGACCUGCUCUCCCCGGCUGAUGAGAACGUCAAGGUGGGCCUGAGGGAAACGACACAGAACACGUCGCCUCACCUGCGCAGUAAAACCCUUGUGUCUGAUGCUGAAGCUCCACCGCAGAGCCCAGUCCACAGACAACACCAACACCAGGUCCGCGCUGCCUCAGCACACCACCAUCCGGACGGCCAGGAGAAACGCGGGGAAAGUCUGGAGCGCCCCGUUCUGAGCCGAGCUCAUUCGCUAAGGAUGAAUGGCUCCAACUGUGGUGAGGAGGGGCUGAAGAGAGUUUGCUCUGCUCCUCAGCUGGGAGACCAGGAGAAGGCGAGUCUGCUGAAGAGGAAGUUGUCAGUGUCAGACACAGAACCUUGUGUGGUGUAUAGCGGAAGUAGCAAGCAUAAAAAACAAGGUGUGACAAAAGGCUCCAAACAACAGGCUGCCAAAGCUAAAACCCGCAGAGCUGUUCCUGUGGACCUGCUGGACCCUAAUGACUUGGAGUGCGCUCUCUGCAUGAGGUUAUUCUAUGAGCCUGUGACGACACCAUGCGGCCACACCUUUUGUAAAAACUGUCUGGAACGUUGCUUGGACCACACACCUCAGUGUCCCCUCUGUAAAGAGAGCCUGAGAGAGUAUCUAGCAUCUAGGCAGUACAUGGUGACAACUGUCCUGGAUACACUGAUCAAACAGUAUUUGAGUCAGGAGUACACAGAGAGGACAAAAACUCAUCUGGAGGAGACCAGAGAGCUUUCUGACUUGACGAAGAAUGUGCCUAUCUUUGUGUGUACCAUGGCUUACCCCACCGUGCCUUGCCCACUGCAUGUCUUCGAGCCACGAUACCGCCUCAUGAUUCGCCGCUGCAUGGAAACUGGCACGCGGCAGUUUGGGAUGUGUAUUAAUGAUCCCCAGAAAGGGUUUGUAGAUUAUGGCUGCAUGCUGAUCAUCAGGAGUGUCCAUUUCCUCCCUGAUGGACGAUCAGUUGUGGACACUAUUGGAGGGAAACGCUUCCGGGUCCUGUCCCGAGGAAUGAAGGAUGGCUACAGUACUGCUGACAUUGAGCACUUGGAGGAUACUCGGGUUGAGGACAGUGAUGAGCUACAGAGACUACAAGAGCUGCAUGAUGCAGUGUAUGAGCAGGCUCGUGUCUGGUUCCAGAACCUCAAGAUCCGCUUCCACAACCAGAUCCUGCAGCACUUUGGACCAAUGCCAGAACGAGAAGCUGAUAUCCAGGCAACUCCUAAUGGUCCAGCGUGUUGUUGGUGGCUCCUGGCUGUUCUGCCUAUUGACCCGCGGUACCAGCUCUCUGUCCUCUCCAUGACCAGCCUCAAAGAACGCCUGGUGAAGAUCCAGCACAUCCUCACAUAUCUGCAGAGCAUCCCCAACAACUAGCACUUCCUCUUCUCACCACCAAAAAAAAAAUCCUUUGGACUUUAACACAACAUUCAAGCAACCUUCUGUCGACAUUUCGCCAGCUUUUGUUUUUACUGCGUCUGAUUCUUCAACUUUUAUUUUUACAGCUGUAAAAUCCCUUCAUUUUAAACAUGUAUGUGUUAAGCUUGUACAAGAUCGGAGCAAAGCUGAAACAUCCUUGAACUGUUCAGUGAAACCAGAGAUAUGGCCAUACCACCUCAUGGAUGACACACAUUUUUUGUGUCAAAAAUUAUUUAAAAAAACGUGUUAAAAUGAAAAUAGUUAGUUUCCACUUGGUUGUUUUGCUGUUGGAGAUGACAGAGUAAUAUAUGUAACAAUCAAGUACAAAUGCACCUUCUAUAAAGAUAAUACUCUGCUUUGCAGAUGAAAACUAAGUGGAGCUGAGUUGAAGAGUCUGUCAAUGGUUAUGGUUUGUGUUGUAUCAUCCCUGGUGAGACCAGAGAAAAGGAAGUUUUUUUGUUUUGUUUCUUGGCUGCAAGAUUUAUGCUCAUAGUAGAGGAGGGUUGGGGUGAUGCUGUGGAAUAAAAUCCUAAAUGCUGAAAGUCCAAAAGGAGAUAAGAUGUGGUUUUAAGAAACCAAUGUGAAAAGAGAAGAUUUGUGAAAAACCAAGUGCAACUAAAGGCUGGUGUCUGCGUACCAAACGUGAGAGUAUUAAUCGAUUUCUUCCGGGUAUCGAGUUUUCUUCUUACCCACUUUUCCCGUGUGUCUACCAUACAUAACUUCCAUGGCUGCCUCUAAGUAGUAUCACAAGACCUUCCUGUUAAAAGAAUGAAGCCAUCUGCAUUUCUUCCCAUUUUUUCCACUUAGUUUCUUCCAUGUUGUCAUGCACAGAUUAGCCACUUUGUCCCUCUUAACAUGAGGUUAGAGGACCCCUCAUGACCUUGAAAUCCCAUCUUGAUUCUAUGCUUUUUAAAUGCUUAACUCCUCUCACAGUUAAACUUAAGUCAUAAACUUCCAAAAUGUUUGUUUGUCAUGGACCUUUGGAUAUUCUGGUAGAGUGUGAGGAGUUUUGAAAGUGUUUCUGUGGUUCUGUUAUUGUAUAUCUUCUCUCGCCCCAAUACCAAAAGACUCAGCUGUCCAUUGAAUUAACUUAAACUGAAUUAAUUUAUAAGUAAAAAAUAUAUUUGUACAUUCUGACCGUAUGUUUGUAUGACAAAUUGAAACGGGGAGUCUUGAAAUAAAAUGACAAAUCAAAACAAAUUAAGAAUAGCAUGUAUAGAUCUACAAAGCAGGCCAGUGGGUUAGCAUUAAUCUUCAUUCAAAGCUGCUCUGUCUGCUUGGAGGGGAGAGGACGGUACCUGCAGUGCUUCAGUCAGGGGACUGCAUUUGCCUUACACCAUUUUGCAUUGUGAUUGGAAUAACACAGUGUGUUGGCUUGGUUACCAUUCCUUUUUGCCAUCGUAUGAAGUAUGUUUUAAUUGUAUUUUUCUCUAAGUUAGUUUGAAGCACCAUUUGUUCACAAUGUGUAAAAAAGAAAUCUGGAAAAAACUACUACAUUUUAAGUCAAGGCUGUCAUGUAUGUAAAUCAUUUGUAAAAAGGCUUUUUGGACAGAUCUUGCUUUUUGCUCAGAUGUUUUAAGUUAUCAAUUUUCUAUAAUAAAUGCCCUUCGUUUUUUUUCAA